AUGGCUGGCCGCCGCAGUUGUGUGAAUUCGCUCUGGUCUGGCACCGAGCGGGUUCGGAUUGGCGAGCGGCUGAAAGCGACCCUGGCCGGGAUCCUUGAGCUGGACCUGCUCCGGGGCCAACAUCUGGACAUGAUCGAUGCGGCGCUGGACCUCAAAGACACCAGCAGCACCGGUACCACGGUGACUGUCAUCACCGAUCAACAGGAGGAAAACCUCGAGAGCGCAGCCUCCGAUGGCUCUGCGACAUCCCGCAGGCAACAGGUCAGUGCGUUGUCCCAGAUCGCUUGACAAGAUUGGUUGUUAUUAAAUAUGAAUGCAUUGUGAUCUGCCAGUAGGGCAUUUUCAUCCCGUUGCAUCAAACAGACUGCUGCGCUUCAAUAGCCUUUUCCGUUGAUUGAGCGAUGGAGUCAUAAGCACGGAGCUAUAGCCUACUGAUUACACAAUUGUGUUUGACCUGUCUAAUAGAAUUGACAGUCAUCCAUCCGCCUCCACAGCUUCUAAUUCCGUCUUGUAUCAGUCAAGGUUAUGUAGAAUACAAAGGGUGUUAUGGUUCUGUCCCCUUUAUGGAUCUCAUAUGAUGAGAUUGUCAAUGUCCACAUCUUUUCACAUUCCAGUUUUCCCAAGGACAUGACAUAGAAUGUAUCUGUGUAAAUAAUGUACACUUGGUACACACCCUAUAGAUAAAAUCAUACACCUAGGUCAGGUCAUACUGUAGAUGGCAGAUGCCUACAGAGUUCUAUAUUCUGUAUAGGCCAAAAGUCUUCUUUGUAAAUAGGCUACUGUAGUAUGGGAAUACGUAGAUAUUUUUGUGUGAGAUAACAUUAUUUGAUUGGGAAAGCCCCAUAGUAAGACAACUUGGCACACAUGAUGAAGUAGACCUAUUGAAUAAAGAUCUUAUUCAUUUGAACUCUUUCACCAUGGAUGCGGCCUUCAGCUUUCAUUGUACCAUUUGGACAUCUGUUAGGCCUAGUUGGUACACUACUAAGAAUAGAAUGCAGAAGGCCACAGAGCCCUACACUGCCUCAUAACUGAGUUUGAAGUCUGUGAACCUCCUGUCCUCAUAUAGGGUAGGCUACCAUACUGCUUUGUUGUAACAGUGUUUGGUAAACAGUCACUUAACUCCAGUAAUAGGGACAAGUCAAGUCUUUCCCUUUUAUAAAUCAAAUAGAGCAUGGUCAACUGAUCCGAGGGAAGGAAUCAGCACAGCAUUCUACUUAAUGAUUUUUCCUUCUCAAAAACACUGCACAAAUGUAUUCUCUAUAGAUUCCCUGUGACUUUCAGCAGCUAUGCUAUGUUAAAUGGUAUUAGUCAUCACCAACACCAUAGAGAGUAGCUCUGUAGCUGCCCUUCCAUCCGCCAACGCAGACCCUAUUAGCAUAUUAAACAACAAAUCGAGAGACAAGUUGCUUCUGCUGUUGUUUCCAACGUGACCAAUGUUAUCACCUCUCCAAUUCUGCCCACUGGGGAGAGAAGAGAGGAAAGAGGAGAGAGGGACGAGGAAAGAGGAGAGAGGGAAGAGGAAAGAGGAGAGAGGGAAGAGGAGAGAGGGAAGAGGAGAGAGGGAAGAGGAGAGCGGGAAGAGGAGAGAGGGAAGAGGAAAGAGAAGAGAGGGAAGAGGAGAGAGGGACGAGGAGAGCGGGAAGAGGAGAGCGGGAAGAGGAGAGAGGAGAGAGGGAAGAGGAGAGAGGGAAGAGGGAAGAGGGGAAAGAUGACUGGGGAUACAGACUGCAUUAGUUAGUCACUCUCUCUCUCUCUGGCUAGUUUAACUAUCACAGUGGGGUAACAGUAGUACAGUACUGUUGCACCUCAUCAACACUUGAUUUGCUGCCAAAGCCCACACUGUGAUCACUCUCACCAGCAAUCUUCUAUGUACAUUUGGACCAUUACAUGUAUUGCUGGCCCUAUAUCAACCUCCAGCCCACACAGAUAAACAUGACAUUAUCUUGGACUGAAACGUCAGGCUCCUCUGGCUCCACUACUUCUUCAGUUACGGUAAACACAAUUCAUCAAUAAUGCAUAGUGCGCAAUGCAUAAGCAUAUGUUUAUCAGUAACCAAUGUCUGCCUGCUAGUGCUGUUAAUAAUGUAGCCUACCUUUCCCAACAUGACAUCUCAAAAAAGUAUUUAGCGUUAUCACAAUGAUGCGUCCCAUUUUGAAAAGAACAACUUAUAAAGUAUUUAUAGAGCAUUCAUAAAGUGUUUGUAAUCCCUACAUACUGUAGAUGCUUCAUGAAAGUACGUCACAAAAGUAUGUUAUGUACAUUCAUAUUAUGUAGUCCUUCAUUCUUAUUGGAGUAUUUGCUGUCAUUUGUCUGUGCAUUGUGUGGACAUAUUGUUCCUUUAGGGAAAAUGGCUGCUUCUCUCUGUCUCACAUAGAGGGAUAUCAUAUUACAGAGCUCUUAGCACUGAGGGGCCCCCACCUGCCUCUCUCUCUCUCCUCCUGAUUUGAUCAUAACCACCUCACUGUAACGUUACACUGUGGUAACAUGGUUCACAUUAUGUCCAUGGAAGAGUGUGGGGGUGUACAUGGCCCUGACGGUUAUCAGUGUGUGUGUGUGUGUGUGUGUGUGUGUGCGCUUGCACAACUGUGUGUGUGUUUGCCCGCAACGGUGUGUAUGUGCUCGCUUUCUGUGUGUCUGUUUGUGUGUUUGCACAAGCUAGUGUUAGUGUGAGUCUUAGUGCAUUUGCUAUUUGUGUUUUAGUGUGAGGCAGGCAGGCAGGCAGGCAGGCUCUGGAUGAGUUAGAUAUACUUCUGCUAGGUCUGUUGUGUGGGUGGAGUGAGCAGGAACCGGAGCAGGAGAGAGCAGCUGUAGCUAUGGUGAGGAGGGGGAGGCUUUAAGUUAUUAUGGAGUGGGGGUGGGGGUAUCCAUCAAGGGGGUGAGGGUGGGGGGUUAAGAUGCCACUCUCAGCCUCUCACAGGCAACCCCCUCCCCCACUACCUCUUUCAUAUACUUGUUCUCUCCCUGACUCACUUGCUCUUUCAAUCCCCUCUUUUCACUCACCAGUAGCUCCCCCACGCUCAAGCACCCACUCACUUCCCCUUAUAAAAUGACGUUUCUAACUUCCUAAAAUGUGGAAAAUGUAGAGAGAAAGAAAACGAAACAUGGCUUGUAAAGCUGAAGGAGAAGAGAUAAGCAGGAUCAAAGUCUAACUUUUUUCCCUCCACCCCCUGUCAUCCCCCCUGCCCCCACCCUCCGUCAUCCCCCCUGCCCCCACUACCGUCAUCCCCCCUGCCCACACUACCGUCAUCCCCCCGCCCCACCCCCGUCAUCCCCCCUGCCCCCACCCCCCGUCAUCCCCCCUGCCCCCGUCAUCCCCCCUGCCCCCACCAUCCGUCAUCCCCCCCUGCCCCCACCCCUCCGUCAUCCCCCCUGCCCCCACCCCCCCGUCAUCCCCCCGCCCCCACCCCCGUCAGCCCCCCUGCCCCACACCCCCCGUCAGCCCCCCUGCCCCACACCCCCCGUCAGCCCCCCUGCCCCCUCCCCUCUCUCCUGCUCCUUGUUAUGUCAUCUGUCUUCCCCUAUUCUUCCUUUAAGUCCCCCUCUCUCCCCCUCUGAGUGAGGUUGCAUCCUAAAUGGCAUCCUAUUCCCUAUGUAGUGCACUACCUUUGAGCACUACUUCUGACUAUCACCCUAUGGGCCCUAAUCAAAAGUAGUGCACUACAUAGGGAAUAGGGUGCCAUUUGGGACUCAACUCGUCUUCCCUUCUCAGUUAGGCAGUAUGAGUCACCUGUAUUGUCUCCUGUUUAUCUCCGUAGUAACAGAGGAUUGAUCAGGCCUGACUGUGAACAAAGCCCCGUUGUCCCCCCCCACCCCUAUCAGGCUAAUAUAGGGCAUCACUUCAGAGGUCAUGAGUCAUCACGUUCAUCUAAGUAAGAAGAAAGUCAUGAAUUGGCUAUUGAGGAGAAAGAAUACGUCAUGUUGUUUUUGUGUCUGAGUCUUGAAACACGAGUGUUCUAGAACUUCCAGUAAGGCUGAUGACAUCAGUGUUUGGUAAAUAAGAACAUUAGAGAUCCAAUCUCUAAUUAUCAUCUCUUUAAAGACAUGUUGUGACUUGAACACCCGUUUUCUGUUUUUCAGGUUCCUUCUCCCCCUUCAGAAACAGUGUUACCAUGCCACACCAGCAUGUUGGACAAGGACAGUGGGGGGAACUCUGGUGGAGAAGGGCCGGUUCAUUCCAGAGGUGAUGAGGGUGGUGGGGAUGACUCACGCUGGUCCACCCUCUCUUGGGAUGCCCCGUCUGACCUGCUCUCCCCCCCGGACCUUGAUGGUGCAGUCCAGGUGGACUAUGACUCCAGGCCCAGCUCAGGUACUGGACUGUGUGGUUGUGUGGUCCUACCAUGGGGGGUCUUUUGGGGGUGGUCUGUGACACCCAUAGGGCUUUGGCCAGGGCUGGAUUAUCACAUCUGGGGCCCUGAGAUACCUACCUCCAGGGGGCCCCCCCAACCGAAAAAUAAAUGGCUUAUGACGUGUUCAUAUUCUAUCUGGGGGGGCCCUGAACUCCAGGGGGCCCCCAACCGACAUGUUCAUAAUACGCUAUCGGAGGGGGGGGGGGGGGGCACAACUGACGUGCUCAUAUGCUAUCUGGGGGGGCCCUGCGUGCCCGUUUGGGAAUCUGGCCCUGGCUUUGGCCAACAACACUUCUCACCUUCUGAGCCAGUUUCGUUGACUUUGUGAUACACCGUGUUGCAAAGCCGUAUUAAAUAUUAACCCUCUCCUUUUCUUUCCCUGUUCCUUUACUUACACUCAUGUUAUCUUCUCAACACCACUUACUCACUCUUUUCUCGCAAUCACUCUUUCUCUGGACCUACACUCCCUCUUUCUUUCUCGUUCUAUAUUUAUCUUUCUCUCUCCAUCUCUCUUCCCCUCGCUUUAUUUCUCCCACCCUCUCCACCUCCCUCCCUCCCUCGGUAGGCUUUUAUUCGGUCAGUGGCAGCUCCCUGUCAGACUCCUGCUACUCUGUGUCCAGUGAGGCAGUCCUGGCCCAGGGGGGUCCAGUACCAUGUGGGCUAGUCCGGGCUGGACCAGGACCACCCUCAGGGGGAGCCUUCAGGCUGUGGGAGCAGCGGCCCCUCUCUGCAGACCCCAGUGACACCCAGUGGCCGGAGGCCGCGCAGCAGCCAAGAACUCAGCGCAUUGAGGAGACCACAAAGAUCGCUGAUAGGAGACCAGUAUCUACGGGUCAGAUAUAACACAUAUAUGGACACAUUCAAAUGCACUCACAUAAACGCACUUACUCUUUAGUACAGUUCAUCUGUAUUUAACCAGUAGAGCCAUUCAGCCAUAAUUGUCACUGUUCUCCAGAGUCCUGGGACCAUAGUCCUAGAUAAUUGUCACUGUUUUCCAGAGAGUCCUGGGACCAUAGUCCUAGAUAAAUGUUUUUGAUUCUUUAUAAGUUGACUGACAUUCAUCAACUUUCUGUCUCUCGUCCUUUGAACCCAGGUGACCUGGAAAUGAACAGCCUCUUCUUCCUGUCUGACCUGUGCUCUAGCCUUGGUGACCCCCAUCCCGGCUCCCUCCUCCCACUCGCUGACCCCCGACCCCAACUCGACCCCAGGUUCUGUUCUGACCUGGUGUCCCGGAGGACCAAGGAGGUGUACCCGUACCCCAGCCCCCUCCAUGCCGUGGCCCUCCAGAGCCCCCUCUUCACCUCCAGCCAGGAUCCCUCACCCUCCUCUCGUCUCUCCCCGAGUCCGGACUCCUCUGCCCAGGCUGAGGAAUCUCAGUCCACGCCCCUCUUCGGGACCCCCCAGCCUCCUCACCCCUCCACCUUCACCCAGCUGGAGCAGUACAUCACAAGGCUGGCUCGCCAGUACCGUAGCCGGGUUGCCCCCUCUGACAUCACCCCUACCGCCACCCCAGGGCCAGGCUGCCACAGGGUCCCCAGAACCCCUGGCCACGGCUCCACUCAGUCGCUGUUGGCCUUCGAGAGCCGCAGUACCCCCUCCAACCUGACAGGGGGCAGUGUGACACCCUGCAAGUCUUUUCUGGGUAACUCUGCGCGGGUCAGCCUCAGCAAUAUCGGUAAGAAGGCCAGUAGGAACUCCAUCAACCUGGGCCACCUGCCCUCUGUGACGGGAGAGGACCUCAAAAUCAACCUCCACCUCAACCUCAGUCUCAACCUCAGCCCCAAUCUGAACAAAAACCUGGGUUUAGACUCAAACUCCAAGGAAGGUAUUAGCACUAGCACUAGUGGUGGAUUACGGAGUGACCAUGCUAUCACCACUGCCUCCCCCUCUCCUUCCACCUCCUCCCUCUCCACCGCUGCCACUCCCACUCCUGCCCUGAGGUCGCGGCCACGCAUCUCAACCUGUCCCUCCAACCUCAAUCACCGGAGCUCUCUGGAGGUCACCGGGUCAGGGGCUGGGUCAGGGCUAGGGUUCUCCCGCUCGCUGGACUGGAGUGGACUGGAUUCUUCCCCAGGGAAAGUGACAAGGAGUCAACCUAGCGUCAAUGCCCCGGACGCCAGCCCUAGUAAGCUCAGCGAGGACUCAGCGAUGGUUGGGGAGAUCUCCCGUCUCUCUGGCCUGCCCCGGGCUGUGGUGGUGGGCCUGAUGGAGCAGGGUGUGGAGCUGGAUGUCGACUGCUUCCAGAGUGACGCCGAGAGAAGAGGUCAGGGGUCAGAGUUUAAAGCCCAAAGCUCCUCCCCUUCCUCCCGCCAGACAGCUCAGAAUGACCACCAGUCUCAUCAUCAUGAUUAUUCCAGCGUCCGCCACCUCCACGCCAGUAAUGAGACUUACCUCGACCCCCAGAGGCCGAUCCAGCUGUCCCUCAGUGUCACCCACUCCCCACAGUCCCACUCCGGCCUCACUCCUCCCAACUCCUCCAGUCCCCAUUCCAGUAGCCCCAAUCACCCUUACCAGUCCACCUCAACCCACCCACCUACCCAUCAUCAUGUCACCCACCACCACACACACACCUUCCACUGCCAACAAACCCCUUCCCCAUCUGACCCCGCCUCCUCCCCCUCGUCCGGUGACCGCCCCAGGGUACGCUCCCCACCCCGCCCUCUCCAGCCCUCCCCCCUCGCCAAUACUCCAUUCUCUGUGUUCCGACGAGAUGACCCCUUCCAGUGCUCCCUGCCUCGAGUCAGUGACAGCAGCUCACCACAAGGGGGCGGCAUCCGGCCCAGAGGGGGGUCGCUACGGCAGGGUGCAGGGGCUGGAGGGGGUAGAUGGAGGGUAGAUGGGGAGGGAGAAGGAUGGAAGAGGGUGGAAGGGGAGGGGCUCUACCAGGGGAAGCAUGCGUCGAGGGAGUUGGUGAGGGCAUCGACGGUGAGCAGCUUCCACAGGAAAGAGAGGUGCUACAGCAGCAACUGGGGAGAGGAAGGCAGUCACGGUGCGGCCCAGACGCCAAAGAAGGGGGCGGCCAAACUCUGGAGGGGCUUCGAAGGGCGUUCAUGGGGGAAAGAGGCUGAGGAAGAGGAGAACAAGGAGAGGUGGAAGAGAGAGGGGAUCAGGAGAAAGGAGAAAGAUGACCAAAAGGAGAAGCAGCAGGCCAAGGCCGAGAGGAGAGAGAAAGAGAGCAGUGCCUCAAAACGCAAAGGGAAGGGUGGUGGUAGUGGUGGUGGCUGGGACAAGCGUAGCUCCAGCCUGAGGCUGUCCAGACGGGCUCUGUUCCGCAGUGAGUCCCAGGGGGACGUGCUGGAGCCUCGAGCCCAGAAAGAGGAGCGUCUGAGGGGGGCACAGUGGACGUCCUCCCUGGACAUCAGCAGGGGCAUGGAGCUCAGCAUGGAGCGGGUUGGUCCGUCGGCGUUGGGAGGAAGAGGGGAAGAAGACAAGCGCCUGUCCUCUACUGUCAGCCUCUUCCUCCUCUCUCGCUCUCAGAGUCUGGAGGGUAGCUGUCCCUCCCUCUCUCCUCCUCUCUCCUCCCCAUCGUUCUCUCCAUCACCUCCUCCUUCUCGGGCAACCCUCACACGCUCGCGCUCACUGAGGGACCUGAGUAGAAGGGUGUUUAGGUCAGUGAGGUCUCUGAGUUUGAAACACAAGACAUCAAGAAAGUGA